GAACCUACAGUCCAGCUUUGGCCUUGGUUGCCGCAGUAGAGCUUGUCCGGUGCGAGCUAGUGAGGAAAUCCCAGAGGCUUAGCUAUUCUGCAGAGUAGACGAAGAGGCGCCUGCGCGUGCAGAAGGCAGGAAGCUCGAUCCCCAAAGAGAAAAGAAAGCAAGCAGGAGCUUCGGGGCAGAACCGAACUGUUCAGGGUCGCUUGAGGCCGGUCUCGGUCAGCGCCAGUCUUUUCUAGGCCAUGGUACAAGAGGAUCUCUAAGUGAUUCCCCAGGAGCUGAUUUAUGAGGAAACAUGCCCUGCACGUGUACCUGGAGGAACUGGAGGCAGUGGAUUCGACCUUUAGCUGUGGUCAUCUACCUGGUGGCCAUAGUCGUUGCGGUUCCCCUGUGCGUGUGGGAACUGCAGAAACUGGAGGUUGGAAUACACACCAAGGCUUGGUUUAUUGCAGGAAUCUUUUUGCUGCUGACGAUACCCAUAUCGCUAUGGGGAAUCCUACAACAUCUCGUGCAUUACACGCAACCUGAGCUGCAAAAGCCAAUCAUAAGGGUUCUAUGGAUGGUACCCAUAUACAGUUUAGAUAGUUGGGUAGCUUUGAAAUAUCCCAGGAUUGCAAUAUAUGUGGAUACCUGCAGAGAAUGCUAUGAAGCUUAUGUCAUUUACAACUUUAUGAUAUUUCUUACCAAUUAUCUAACUAAUCGAUAUCCAAAUCUGGUAUUAAUCCUUGAAGCCAAAGAUCCACAGAAACAUUUCCCUCCUUUAUGUUGCUGUCCACCAUGGGCUAUGGGAGAAGUGUUGCUGUUUCGUUGCAAACUGGGUGUGCUGCAGUACACAGUGGUCAGACCGGUCACCACCAUCGUCGCUUUAAUCUGUGAGCUGCUCGGUAUAUAUGAUGAAGGAAAUUUUAGCUUUUCAAAUGCUUGGACUUAUUUGGUCAUAAUAAAUAAUAUGUCACAAUUGUUUGCCAUGUACUGCCUUCUGUUAUUUUACAAAGUACUAAAGGAAGAACUGAGUCCAAUCCACCCUGUUGGCAAAUUUCUGUGUGUAAAAUUGGUGGUUUUUGUUUCUUUUUGGCAAGCAGUGGUCAUUGCUUUGCUGGUAAAAGUUGGCGUUAUUUCUGAGAAGCAUACGUGGGAGUGGCAGACUGUAGAGGAGGUGGCCACAGGACUGCAGGACUUUAUUAUCUGUAUUGAGAUGUUCCUGGCUGCAAUUGCUCAUCAUUACACAUUUUCUUACAAACCAUAUGUCCAAGAAGCAGAAGAGGGCUCAUGUUUUGAUUCUUUUCUUGCCAUGUGGGAUGUUUCAGAUAUCGCAGAUGAUAUUUCUGAACAAGUAAGGAAUGUUGGACGGACAGUCAGGGGACAUGCUAGGAAGAAAUUUUUUCCUGAGGAUCAAGAUCAAAAUGAACAUACAAGCUUAUUAUCUUCAUCAUCUCAAGAUGCAAUUUCCAUUGCCUCUUCUAUGCCACCUUCACCCAUGGGUCACUACCAAGGGUUUGGACACACAGUAACUCCUCAGUCUACACAUACAAUGGCUAAUAUCCCUGAUGAAAUACUUAAUGACACUACAGAAGAGAAAAAAGAGCCUUCAGAAAAAUCUGUGGACUCCUGAACAAUGUGCAAAAGCAAACCAUGCUGCAUCUGUGAUAUUUCAUCACCUGGAAUCCCAUGGAUUGGGAUAUUGUGCUUGGGACAAGCCAUAAUGAUGCAGAAUUUCAAAACAAAGACAAGUAAAAAGCCAGGUACGACUACUGGAUUUAUAUACAUAUACAUAUACAUAUAUAUAUAUAUAUAUAUAUGAGUUUUGUAUAUCGUAAUUGGUCCACAUUUCCUAGACUUAGACUUGAUUCCUUAACUCUAGAGUGUUGCAUACUGAGAUGGUAGAAAAUGACUCCAACUAAAAUGCUUCAGAUACCACAUUGCUGUAUCAAGAGGAUGGAUAUAAAAAAUGCUUCCUACCACUGCUGCAUGAAUAUAAUCCUCUGGACAGAAAGCAUAAUACAGAAAUAAGAUGUAGUGGAACUUAAUCAUGUGCCAUAUAAGUUUACCUAACAGUUAUUUCUCUAUUUCUCAACUGGAUGUCUUUCAAUAAAUAAGAA